AUGGAAGAACAGGUAUUGAAAGCAGCAAAACCGAAUAAGAUUGCUGAACAUAACGAAAGCGAAAUAUCUCCACCUUUACUACCAGAAAUUUUGGAACCAUUUCCAGAACAACCACAAAGAGCACAAAUCGCGUAUUACAGAUCUUUCAUACCGGACUCCACUGAAGAGAUCAUUAUAGCAAAACCGAAACGUCAAUCAAUUUCUUUACAUGAUAUUUCGGAGAUAGCUGGUUUACCCAAACAGCCAUCAUAUAACGAGUUAGAAGUACCUCAAAAAAAGGCCGAAUUCAUGUAUUGCAGACCUGGAUUUGAUAACGUACCUUCAUAUUGA